UACACACCCCAGGGUAGUAACAGGAAGUACGCCUACAAAUUAAGAGCGCCUGCACCAAACUCGACAAACCCACAGCUUUACUUUGAAAGUCACAACCGGACGUGUACUUUUGCACCGUUGAAAGCAGCAGUCAAAUGUGUGGUGUCACUGUCGGAGAAUAACACAGGAAUACAAACAACACUUCAGCUCCUGACAGUUGAGCUAAAUCCGGGAGUAAGGAGCUGAAACCACGCGGGUGCACGCUGCAUGGUCCCCGCCCGCCGGUGACAUGGAUGUCGGACAUGGGCUGCUGUAGACUUAUGCUGCGGGACUGAAGAGGAUGGGCCCAGGGUCCCAGUGCCUGAGGAGAUGUCUCUGGGUCGGCUCCUGCGGCGCGCCUCCUCCAAGGCCUCCGACCUCCUGACCUUCAACCCUGGGGCAGGGGGCCAGUUGUUGCGCUCAGGCCUGGAUGGCGAGAUCAUCUUCUCCAAAAAUAAUGUUUGUGUGCACCCUGCAGAGCCCCUGCCCGGCCUGGCAGAGCACCACCCAGGCUACCUGUGUGUGCACACGGAAAAGGAUGAGAGCUUGGGCACCACUCUGAUCCUGACCUGGGUGCCAAACUCUCGCAUCCAGAGGCAGGAUGAGGAGGCGCUGCGGUACAUCACACCAGAGAGUUCCCCUGUACGCAGGAAUGCACGCCGAAGAGGUCGAAGGCCCCAUUCGCGUCCCCCAGCAGCUCAGGAGGAGGAUGAGGAUGAGGAGAGGAACAUAACCAGCAGCACCUCCACAGAGAGCCACUGUCUGGUGGUGGAAGCAGGAGCAGACGCCUCUCUGCACCCCCAGUCCCUGCCCUCAGCAGGGGAGGAGGGUGACGAGGGCUCCUGCGAGCUGUCGGACGAGGUGAGCCGGGACAGCACCAUGGGCUCAGACUCGGACACUUUCUCCUCCCCGUUCUGCUUGUCCCCGGUCAGUGAGGCCCUCUGUGAAAGCAGCGGCUCCGUCUUCCUGGACAGCGAAAGCAGGGAACUUUGCGAAGAGUCCAUGACUCACUCUGUAAGCUCUGCCUCCAGCCUAGACAGCCACGCCCCCUCCGAGUGCAGCGGCCAGUCGCAGGGGAUGCGGUGGGAGGAGCAGCAGAAGGUGCUGGCUCUGGAGCAGUUGUGCGGUGUUUUCCGAGUGGACCUGGGUCACAUGAGGUCUCUGAGACUCUUCUUCAGUGAUGAGGCGUGCACCAGUGGCCAGCUGGUGAUAGCCAGCAGAGAGAGCCAAUAUAAGAUUCUCCAUUUCCAUCAUGCUGGCCUGGACAAGCUGUCUGAGGUUUUUCAACAGUGGAAGUGCUGCAGGGAAACUCAGCUCAAAGACCAGUUUUCUUUUUCUAAAUCUCGUUUCCAACAGGUAUCAGUCGAGAAGUCCUGCAUGCAGUUUUCUAUCCAGAGGCCGACAUUGCCAUCAGCUGAGACCCAUCCAGAGGAGAAGCUUUACCGGCGGCUGGAUGUCACCACCUGGCUGCGUCACCUCAACCACAGCGGGCAGGUGGAGGAAGAGUAUAAGCUACGCAAGGCCAUCUUCUUCGGUGGUAUCGACCCAUCCAUCCGUGGCGAGGUGUGGCCCUUCCUGCUGCACUACUACAGCUAUGACUCCUCAUCUCAGGAGAGGGAGGCCUGGAGACUGCAGAAACGCACACACUACCACGAGAUUCAGCAGAGGAGAUUGUCCAUGAGCCCAGAGGAGCACAGCGAGUUCUGGAGAAAAGUCCAGUUCACGGUGGAUAAAGACGUGGUGAGGACCGACCGCAGCAACCACUUCUUCAGAGGAGAGAACAACCCCAAUGUGGAGAUCAUGAGGAGGAUUCUGCUCAACUAUGCAGUGUUUAAUCCAGACAUGGGCUACUGCCAAGGCAUGUCUGACCUGGUGGCCCCUCUGCUCACCGAGAUCCAGGAUGAAAGCGACACCUUCUGGUGCUUCGUCGGCCUCAUGGAGAACACCAUCUUCAUCAGCUCACCUCGGGAUGAAGACAUGGAGAGGCAGCUGAUGUACCUGCGGGAGCUUCUGCGUCUCAUGCUGCCCCGCUUCCACCAGCACCUGACCCGGCUGGGGGAGGACGGCCUCCAGCUGCUCUUCUGCCACCGCUGGAUCCUUCUCUGCUUCAAGAGAGAGUUCCCUGACACAGAGGCUCUGCGCAUGUGGGAGGCCUGCUGGGCACACUACCAGACGGAUUACUUCCACUUGUUCCUGUGCGUGGCCAUCAUUGUUCUCUACGGGGAGGAUGUGACAGAACAGCAGCUCGCCACUGACCAAAUGCUGCUCCACUUCAGCAACCUCUCCAUGCACAUGAAUGGAGAGCUGGUGCUCCGCAAGGCCCGCAGCCUUCUCUACCAGUUCCGACUCCUACCCAGAAUCCCAUGCAGCCUACACGACCUUUGUAAACUGUGUGGCCCGGGGAUGUGGGACAGCCGCUACAUCCCCGCUGUGGAGUGUUCAGGUGAACACCCUGACUCACAGAGCUGCCCCUAUGGAGGCACCUCCACCCCCCAGCCCUCCUCACCCUCUCCGUCAUCCACACCCUCCUCACCAAACCCCACCCCCACACCUCCAUCAGAGGGCAAAAAAGGCUCCAAAGCGCGGGAUAUUUUCACCUUCCGAAAACAGUCCUGAGGUAGAGGCUGUGGGGAGCUCUGCUGGUCUUUGCUCAUGUUAGUUCAGCAAAGUUCUGGAUCUAUCUGCUGGAUUCCUGAACUGUUCGCUGCCCUCUCUCUGCAGUCCCUGCUUCUAGUUUCACUGUCUCAAGGAGGACUUUGUCACAUGAUCCUUUCAUGUGGUGCAUGGUGGGACACUGUCUUACUAGGACGUUUUUGGCAGCGUUCAGUGUCUCAUGAUCCUGCGGAGGACAGUUUGCUGCUGACACGCAGGAGGUACAGGAGGUGCUUUAUUCAGAAUGGACAAUCACCAGGCCAUGUGUUGGUCUGGAGCUCUUUCAGGUUCAAGUCUGCUGCUGGCUUGGCAAACUUCCAUGAGUCUUUGUGGGCAGGGGGUCACAUCAGGGUCCGAGGCAACCGGCCUGAAUUCGUGCAGACUCUGACCGAGGGUCAAAUGAAACUGGAGAUUCAUUCAUAUGACUUUAAAAAUGUCCCUGUGUUCUCACAAAAGGUUAUAUCUGUGAAUAUCAGAUUAUAUACAGUGUGUUCAUUUCUCAAGGAUGAGCAGGACAUUUUUAACACAAGAUCCUCACCCUGGUGUUAACAAGAAAGGGUCAAAUAGGAUAAUAAGGAAUUACCGGUUCUUUUAAGUUUCCUUCAAACUCAUUCCCAAACAAAUGAAUGUUUCCGUUUCAAUCAGCAGAUACAAAUAUUUAGCAAUAUUAUAACCUUGCAUGAGCGAUUCUCGACAUAUAUUGGGCACAACAUGUGUUAUUUAAAAACACUGGUGCCUAAAACAGAGGUAAGAAAGUAUUUACAUGACAAACAACUCACCUCAUGUGUUUCCUCAUCAGAUUGUGGUACGGAACAUUCUCAUAUUUUUCUUUUGUCCUCGACAGGCAGGAGGAAGCCGAGUGUGUGUUUCCUUCUGAUAAACGACUGACAUUCUUUUUACCUGUGAGCCAUAGGCGCGUGAACAUUUCUACCUUGUUUUGUUAAAUAUGUGUUUCCUGGAUGAGGUAUUAAGUGGAUUCAACAGCAAUUUCUGCCAGAGGAAAGAAUAGAUCAUGGGUGUGUUUUAGCUAGGGAUGCACAAUGUUAUCAGCAUAAUAAUGGUAUCGGCAGAAGUCAAGAGAGUUAAUCAGGGGGUUGGUUUGGCAUUGUGGUUAAGUUGCGUGCCCCGCGGACAAGCGAUAGUCCCCAAGCUGACAGCCUGGGUUUGAUUCCAACCUGUGGCCCCUUUACCACAAGUCACUCCCCACUCUCUCUCCUGGUUACCUGCUCUGUCCAGUUUCCUCUCCUAUCUGAAUGGAGGCAUAAAAGCCCCGAAACAUAACAUUAAAAACUGUGAAUUAUUGGCAUCAGCAAACAUCAAAAUUGCUGAUAUUUAUGGCCGAUAAUGUGGCACUUAAAAUUACAGUUUAAUCGGCAACAACAAGCUUCAACAUGUCAGCUGUAUGGAAGCAUUUUACCGAGGGCAAAAUAGCUCUUUCUUGAAAUGUUCAUCUGAAGAAUCGUAAUAGUGAAGCACCAAUGAGAAGGCUUCUGUGUAAACCUGUGCUAAGAAACCUAGCCCAUCCCAAAGAUAAAAGAGAUUUGUAAGAAAAUCUCUGGUCUACUUUCUUUUAACCAGCCUUAGGCAUGGUGGAAGAGGCAGGCGUCUGUAGGCUGAUGAUGUAUCUGGAUUAGUAUUUGUAUCGGUAUCGGUUACGACCAAAUUGAGCUAGAAAAUGCUGGCAUAUCGGAUAUCAGCAAAAAUCCAGUUUGGAAAUAUCAUGCAUCCCUCGUCUUAACCUGGCAAGAAAAAUGAUCAGCACAGUGUUGUUGUUUUUCUCUCUCUUCACUUUCACCUGAAACUGAAUGACUUCGCACUAUCAACACUUCAGAAUCAGUCCACAUGAAUGUAUCUGUGUUUUUCUGCUUCACUCAAAACUUUCCAGUGUACGAGUGGAUGUGUGCAUGAGCGUGUAGUUAAACUUGAGUGACCUCUAAACAUCUGGUAAUGAGUUGGAGGGCAGCCGUAGAUCCCCCCCCCCCCCCCCCCUUCAUUCACCGCCUCCCCGGGCUCGACCGGUCUCUUUAAUUAUAGCAGUCAUCAUGUGGAAAACCUGGGAGAGGGAAGAAGAAAGACAAUCUGGCUGUUGGGACUCUUAAGAGAGGGGGGAAGAAGCGAGAGAUGUGGAAAGGAAAGGGACGAUUUAGGCAUGGUACGGGGAUGUAUGGCGAUCUUGCCUCUGUGAUUUGCAAAUCCCAGAUGUAAAGAUGGUCUCCACUCUGAGGCUUUCCCCUGAGAGCUUGUGAGUGACACCCCCUGGGUAUGAAAACAUCUUCAAAUUGCUCCUAAAAUGUAGCAUUAAGACCUUCAAUCAGCCUUCCUCCACCACCACCCCCUCCUCUCGCUCUCUCUUGUGGUCUCACCCGCUCUCUCACUCAGCGAGCAGUCUCUUCAAAUGACAUUCAUAACUGCUCCUUUUCCCUAUUAGUUAUCAUGUGCAGCUGCUCGCUCAAAAUGCCUGCAGAGUUUUGAUGAUUGGGUGGCAGCGUGGAAAUGAGCAAAGUCAGGGAUGCACGAUGGAGAAGUAAUGGAACUGUGUGUGUGUGUGUGUGUGUGUGUGUGUGUGUGUGUGUGUGUGUGUGUGUGUGUGUGUGUGUGUGUGUGUGUGUGUGAGUGUGUGUGUGAGUGUGAGUGUGAGUGUGUGAGCAUAAAUGAACUCAUGAAUUUUAUUAAAAUCUUUGUUGGAAUCACAUUCUCUGCACAGACACUGAAAGUCACGAGCCUAAUUAAUGACUUCCUCUUUUUUUUUUUAAAGGGGUUUCGAUCAGAAUCACUGAAUGUAAAAUGUUGCUGUAGAGCUCAAUGAUAGGAUGGUGGAUUAAUGUUCACAUCAUAGCAAAAACAGAGCCUAUUCUUAUUCCUGGUAUUAACAAAAAAAAAACACAGUCAUACUUUGAAGAGAAGAACUCCAGAAAUGGUUUGCUGAUCACCAAAAUGUACCAACUGUACAAUUUUUAAUGCCUUUCUGACAAUAAAUGACUCGUGAUUGUGAUCUAAUACCAACUGAAAA